AUGCGGCCUUUACCAUGGAGACGCAUCCCCGUUGGUGGGGUGCUCGCGGUCUCUCCAGCUACCUUCCCCUCCUCACCGUUGCGUUUUCACCGCCGUUAUCAAACUCGCAUCCCGAAUAAAGGCUACCGAACGCAGCCGGAGAUUCCCGAUCGGAUAAAAGAUACGGUGAGCCUCUACGGCAACCAAGGCGGGGUCGCCUCGGACGGAGAGACCUACGUCCCGUUAGAGCAGCGGUCCCACCUGAUGCAGGAGGUGAUGUCGAACAGCGCGAAUAUGAAGAACUACUACAAACUCGAUCGCCUCCGUACUGCGCUGAAUAUGGCGCGAAACGAGAAACCCGAGCACGCCUCCUGGCAGGAGCUUUAUAUGUUUUUUCGCACCACCGAGAUGUGUCUGGAAGUUCGCAAAGAGGAAGGGGAUGUCUUCCCCAAAGGACAGAAGCUUUGGGUCGAACUCGAAUCCUGCGAGGAGCGGCGGGUGCCGAAGCUUCUGGAGAUGCCCAACGGGCUGCUCGUGUUGCCCGUCUGCUCGAUCGAGGAGUGCCUGGAUCAAUACUUUUGUCGAACGAACACCUUUGAAUCGUGUUGGUUUCCCGUUCCUCGGAUGGGAACGCGGUGGGAGAGUUUCUGCGCGAUGCCGUUUCCCGUCUGCGUGAUUGGAUCCCUCGAGCGGAUUUGCGCGCUCGCCACCGUCGCCUUGCCACCGCAUCAGUUUGGUAUUUUAAUCAACCCCGGGCAGUAUUCCAGCAAAUUCAUCACCUACCCCGAGAUGGUUCAGCUGUCGAAAAUCAAACACACCCCGAUGAUGGAGCGCGAGCUGACGCUCAUGGAGGAGCGGGAGGGCAAGAAAGAGCUCCUCUUCGAUGCGCACCUCAUGACGAUUUUUAACACGCAAAAGAUGGCGCUUAAAAGUGUGGAGCCCCAUGAGGUGGAGGCAAAGAUGCGAGCGCGGCCGCCGAUUCCCCCGAUCGCGCAGCUGGAGCUCCACCUGUUGCUCUUCAAAUACCCUGAGAUCGAGCGAGUGUACGUGCGAACCGUGGAGCGCCCUCGGUGGCGGACGAUGAUGGGGGUGCCGGAGAAGCUGACGGAGAUCGAUAUCAUCCCGGUGGCGGGGAAGAAGCCCGCGCCGGAUUUCCUUACACAUUUGAAGCGGUGGAGCUAUAUGAGCGAAUUCCGUAUGGAUGUGCAUAUCGAGCUCACCGCGGAGGUCCCGGAGCCCUCCAACGGAUCGGUUCCGAUCUGUGUUUACACCUCAGAGGAUGGCGAACUCCUACGAUCGAUGUACGCCUAUAAGGGUGAGGCGAUAGCACGCAGUAUAGGCUUUCACGAACCACUGGUCGAUGAGAACGGCAGGAAGCCGUAUGAGGGUUACAAUUACACCAGUAUGUGA